CAAUCCAGAAGCGACAGGCUCCCUCGAGGCUCUCUGGAUUUAGGGCUCUGGGAGUUUGACAGAGGCGGAUUUGGGGCCAGUUAAGCAUUGAGAUAAUUAUGGGGUGUUAUGACAUGGAUUUCGUACUCAAAGAUGGUACUCAGUAGGGUUUCUUGGAGCCUCUGCAGAGUCCUGGGGCCAGCCCCUUAGUGAGAACUGCAGGACCCUCCUUCUGACCCCAGCUUACCUGGCCCCAGCAGCUCCAGUUGAGUCCACAGAUGCCAAGCUGGCUUCAAGCUCCUGGGAAGAACACAGUUGUCAGCAGGCGGGCCUGAGGGCUAAGGCCCACUGUGAACAUGGCAGCUGACAGGGACUCUCCCCUUUGGUACCCAGCCCUGGCUACAGAGGGACAUGACAGCUCAUGUGAGGUAUUGGUGUCAUUCAAGGAUGUGACUGUGGACUUCAGCAGGGAGGAGUGGCAGCACUUGGAUGCUGCUCAGAGACGCCUGUACAGGGAUGUGACACUGGAGAACUACAGCCACCUGCUCUCCGUGGGCUACCAAAUCCCCAAACCAGAGGCCAUCUUCAAGUUGGAGCAAGGACAGGGGCCAUGGAUGUUGGAGGGAGAGGCCCCACAUCAGAGCUGUCCAGACGAGGAUAUUGGGGAAACUCAACAACAUGGAAUUUCUAGAGACAUUUCCUUUUCCUGUGAGAGAUUUGAUCAACCCAUAGAAGACUCAUUAUGUUCUAUUUUAGAAAAACUGUGGCAAGAUAAUGACCAGCUAGAGAGAUAUCAGGAAAACCAGAAUAACCCUUUAAGUCAAGUGAAAGUAUUGAUUAAAGAGAGGGAAUAUGAAUGUAAAAACAUUGAAAAAAUAAUUAAUGUGACUACCAAGCUUGUUCCUUCAAUUAAAAGACUCCAUAACUGUGACACAUUUGGAAAGAGUUUGAAGCAUACUUCAAACUUACAUAAUCAUAAUAGAAACAGUGCAACAAAGAACUUUGAUAAGAUUUGUGGAAAUGGUAACAAUUUCGCCCGUACCUCUUCCUCUGCUAAGAAUGAGAAUUCUAAUACAGGAGCAAAUUCCUGUGAACAUAAUCAAUGUGAAAAACAUCUUGGCCACAAACAAGCUGUCAUACACCAUCACAAAAUGCAUACUGGGGAGAAACUUUACGUAUGUACUAAGUAUGUGAAGGGCUUUACCCAGAAGUCACAUCUCUUUGAGCAGAAGAAAAUUCAUGAUGGAGAAAAAUCCCAUGAAUGUGACAAAAAUAAGAAAGUCUUCACUCAGAAGCAACAAAUUGAUGUACAUCAGAGUGUUUACACAGGAGAGAAACCCUAUUUAUGUACUCAAUGUGGGAAGGCCUUUACCCUCAGGUCAAACCUCAUCACACAUCAGAAAAUUCACACUGGGCAGAAACCCUAUAAAUGUAGCGAAUGUGGAAAAGCCUUUUUCCAGAGAUCAGAUCUCUUUAGACAUCUGAGAAUUCAUACAGGAGAAAAACCUUAUGAAUGCAGUGAAUGUGGAAAAGGCUUCUCCCAGAAUUCAGACCUAAGUAUACAUCAGAAAACUCAUACUGGAGAAAAACACUAUGAAUGCAAUGAAUGUGGGAAAGCUUUCACAAGAAAAUCAGCACUCAGGAUGCACCAGAGAAUUCACACAGGAGAGAAACCUUAUGUAUGCACUGAAUGUGGGAAGGCCUUCAUCCAGAAGUCACACUUCAAUACACAUCAGAGAAUUCAUACUGGAGAAAAACCGUAUGAAUGCAGUGAUUGUGGGAAAUCAUUCACUAAGAAAUCACAACUCCACGUGCAUCAGAGAAUUCACACAGGCGAGAAACCCUAUAUAUGUACAGAAUGUGGAAAGGUUUUCACUCAUAGGACAAAUCUCACUACACAUCAAAAAACUCAUACUGGAGAGAAACCCUAUAUGUGUGCUGAGUGUGGGAAGGCUUUUACUGAUCAGUCAAAUCUCAUUAAACACCAGAAAACUCAUACUGGGGAGAAACCCUAUAAGUGCAAUGGCUGUGGAAAAGCCUUCAUCUGGAAGUCACGCCUCAAAAUACAUCAGAAGUCUCAUAUCGGAGAGAGACACUAUGAAUGCAAGGAAUGUGGGAAGGCCUUUAUCCAGAAAUCAACACUAAGUGUGCAUCAGAGAAUCCAUACAGGAGAGAAACCCUAUGUUUGUCCUGAAUGUGGGAAGGCCUUCAUCCAGAAAUCACACUUCAUUGCACACCAUAGAAUUCAUACUGGAGAGAAGCCUUAUGAAUGCAGUGACUGUGGGAAAUGCUUCACUAAGAAGUCACAACUCCGUGUCCAUCAGAAAAUUCACACAGGCGAGAAGCCCAAUAUAUGUGCUGAAUGUGGAAAGGCCUUCACUGACCGCUCAAAUCUCAUAACACACCAGAAAAUCCAUACUAGGGAGAAACCCUAUAAAUGCAGUGACUGUGGAAAAACCUUCACCUGGAAGUCACGCCUCAAUAUACAUCAGAAAUCUCAUACUGGAGAGAGACACUAUGAAUGCAGUAAAUGUGGGAAAGCUUUUAUCCAGAAAGCAACACUAAGUAUGCAUCAGAUAAUUCAUACAGGAAAGAAACCUUAUGCUUGUACAGAAUGUCAGAAGGCCUUCACUGACAGAUCGAAUCUCAUUAAACACCAGAAAACUCAUAGUGGAGAAAAACGCUAUAAAGCUAGUGACUGAAAAAGGCUUCAUCUGGACAUCACAACUGGGUCAGAUAUCAGAUAUCCACAGGGGGGAAGAGGAACACCCAAUGCUGCAAUCAUUGUACAGGGGGAAAGAGAUAUGAGAGACUAUGGCUCGAGUGAAGAGAAGGUAAACAAAGCCAAGCAUCCUUCAGUCAACUGGAAAUACGAGUUCCUACAUCACCACGGUUGCUGUGCAAUUAUAUGCAUUGGGAGACCCUUCAGAUAAAGCAUUUGUGCAAUAGCCAUAUUUAGUUACCCAGUUGAUACAGGGACUCUCAAGCUCCUGCAAGUAGAAAUAAACACCUGAGGAGAUGACUUUCACCUUUUGGAUAAAGGACUUUAUACAUUCAGUACCGAUUAUUUCUUCAUACCUUGGGAUAUAAAAGUGCUCAAUACUGGCCAAAAUUUUUUCAAAUUUUUAGGGUGGGGAAAAGAGUUUUCAUUGUCCAGACACUUUCAGGGCACUGAAGUCAAGGCAUAAAACCUACUUGGAAAUGCAGAUCUAUGCGCAGAAGCCACAAGUUUUUUGUGAUCAUUGACAUUUAAGACACGGUAAAGAUUCCCAUGAAGAACCGUUCUUUCUCUUCCCUUUGGGAAGUCACCAUGGUAUAUGUUUUUAAAAGCAAAACAGAGUUUUUAAACUUAAGGUUUAACUUUAUAAAUUUGGAAAUUAGGCACAGCUGUAGCCUAUGUUACAGGAAUAUAGUCAUUAAAUGUUACAGACAUCUAAAGGUGGCAAUUAUUCCCUGCUGGGGCAGCAGGUGAUUCACACCCUAUAAAAGGGACGCGUGCCUUCUAACCCAUGCCCACAAAGCUAUCACUUCUGUAAACUGAAGACCAGAGACUCCUCACCUCCUUAGUAACUGACCCUAAGACAGUGGAACUGAGCCAUUAUACCCUGGAUUUUCAGUUUUGUUAGCUGAUGCCUCUGCUUUCCUUGGGAUUCCUGUUUGGAAAGAAUGGUUGAGAAAUUGAAUUUCAAUACAUAAGAUUUUGUUUUUCUUCCAAUUUGGUUAAAAUGUAUUCAGUUCCUACAUGCACAUUAAGGGUAGUUUUGUGUAGGUUGCUAUGGGCUAAAGUCAUUGCAUUGCACUUAGUUAUUCUAAGAUAUAAUUAUAGUUUAUUACAGUUGAAUGACCAGAAGACUUCUCUAGAAAAAGCAUUGCUUUUUUAAACACUGAUAUAUAGACACUUCCUCAUUUUCCCUUAAACAUUUUUUACAAUACCCAUAAGAAAAAAGUUUUCUUUCUAGCAUGCAAUUGUCUUUUAUUUUAUUAAAGUACAAUGCAUAUGGGAAAUGCGUAUAUCAUAAGCAUACAGCUCAAUGCAUUCUCACAGACUGAACAUACUCAGAUCAAGAAACAACAUGACCAGCACCCUAGAAACCCUCCCUGUACCCCCUUCCAGGCCUUCCUUCCCCACCCAAGGGUGAACACUAUCCUGACUUCUAACAGCAUAGAUUUGUUUUGCCUGUUUUGUUUUAUGUAAA